CUUAGUUGUCUACCCUCGGAGCCUCAUGUUCAUCACAAGGGAGUCGGGGCCUCAGCAAUGUCCGUCGGAGGCAAGUUCGGAGGGCAAUCCGUUACGAGAUGUUGCACCUGAAAGUCUUAUGGUCGAGGUCGGGGUCUUCGCUAGGGAGAGGGGAUUGAUGCACAUACUUGGGGACCUAAAAAAGGGGGCUCUAUUAGCACAAGAUGCGCUUGCCUACAAACGGCACAGCAUCUAUACACGCGCAGACAUAGACUGUCUAAAGGUCGAACUCAACCACAAAUGGAGACAAACCUGGCCCCUCUACUACGUGGUCGUCGUGUCCUCCCUGGCUGCUGUCGCGCAAGGCAUGGAUCAGGCUGUGAUUAAUGGCGCCCAACUUUUUUAUCCGAAACAAUUUGGAAUAGAUGCCUCAACUUUGCGUGGCAGCUGGUUGCUCGGCGUCGUUAACUCUGCGCCGUAUCUUUGCUGUGCAACCUUGUCAUGUUGGCUAACCCAUCCCCUGAACCAAUGGUUUGGGCCGAGAAAAACGAUUUGCGUUGCUUGCUGGCUCUCUUUUGUCACUUGUAUAUGGUCGGCAUUGACAAAUAGUUGGUGGGGUCUUUUCAUCGCAAGGUUCUUCCUCGGUUUCGGCAUUGGUCCUAAUUCUGCAACCGUGCCCGUCUACGUCGCUGAAUGCGCCCCAGCUGGAAUCCGCGGUGCACUUGUGACAAUGUGGCACGUGUGGACGGCAUUUGGCAUCGGACUUGGCAACUUAAUCGAUGUAGCAUUCUACUUCAUUCCCGAUUCAGGAGGCAUCAAGGGCCUCAACUGGCGUCUGAUGCUUGCCUCUGCGGGUGUCCCGGGUUUGAUCGCUUGCUUGCAAGUUUUCUUUGCACCCGAAUCUCCUCGUUGGUUAAUUGGCAAGGGCCGGUACGAGGACGCCUUCAAUGAGCUGUGUCGCUUGCGUUCCUCGCGUCUUCAAGCUGCCCGGGACCUAUACUAUAUCCACGUCCUGAUCGAAGCGGAGAAUGAGAUAAAGAAGGGUAGAAACUACAUCGUGAAGAUGUUUGCUAUUCCCCGUAACAGGAACGCAGCGAUCGCAAGUUGGAUUGUCAUGUUCGGUCAACAGUUCUGUGGCAUAAACGUGAUCACAUAUUACUCGUCAAAUAUCUUCUCCCAGUCUGGUUUCUCGGAUGCUUCCGCUCUCGUGGCGACGGCUGGUUUUGGAGCUUUGAACUGGAUAUUCGCACUCUCAGCGGUCUUUACCAUCGACAGGUUCGGACGUCGUAAUUUGCUCUUGUUCACCAUUCCAUGUAUGGCUGCGUGCCUCCUGAUGACCGGCUUCUCUUUCUGGGAUACCUUGAGGGAAGGACGAAUUGGUGGGGUAGUGACUGGCAUCUAUCUUUUCACCAUCUGCUACUCGCUCGGCGCAGGGUCUGUGCCGCUCACCUACUCCGCUGAAGUGUUCCCCCUCUACAUCCGUAACAUCGGCAUGUCCUUUGCAACCGCAGUGAAAUGGUUCUGGAACUUUGUCUUAUCCGUCACGUGGCCAUCUCUGUUCCUUGAGUUUAAGCCGCAAGGUGCAUUCGGAUGGUACGCAGCGUGGUGUGUGGUCCUCUGGUUCCUCGUCCUCUUCUUCGUGCGCGAAACGAAAAGUAUGACGCUCGAAGAACUGGAUCAGGUGUUCUCGGUACCUAACCGUGUCCAUGCUGUGUAUGGGCUUAGACAGAUCUUGUAUGGCAUCAAGAAGUUCAUACUGUUCCAACAACCGACGCCAGAGGUGCUCUACCAGCGGGAGACAGGGAUAUAGGGUACCAGUCCGACGUUCGCCGGUAUACCGGUGUGGAAUCCUAGAAACCUCCUUUGAUGUUCCAUUCGUCAUGAUUCUGCUCUGCACAAUUUUGAACUUACUUAUUGCCCCGCCCCGUCGUUGUUUGUAUAAUUGUAGGCAGACUUUUUUUUUAAAAAAAAAGUC